AUGAGUAUUUCUCAGUUUAUUCAUGAAAUUGACACAUCCUAUACUUUGAAUAAUGAUGAUGACCGGAUUCGAACUUUGACCAAUUUGUUUUCGCUCAAUCCUCUGGAGAACAAAUACAUCGUCUCUAUAUAUAAUGAAUCAUUUGAACAAAGCAAGUCCCAUUCAUUCACAACCAGAUACGGCGAAGAAUGGCCAGCGUUUGACUCUGUCGUAUCAAGCUUUAUCAAUAUUUGCACACUAAUGGAUCCAUGGUCUGUAUUGAGCUCGUUUGAUCUAUACACUACAUUCCUCAAUGAUUUAUCGGUUGCGUUCAACAACAAUACGUAUGGAUGGCUCCUAUCACAUAGUAUCAAAGCCACAAUUGCAAUGGUGCUACCAUGGGCCUUGCAAUUGGAUCGACAGAUGUUUGGCAAGGAAAAGGGCGGCAAAUACCGACUAAACUAUUUGGCGGCCGUGCUAUUGAAAAUAUUCAAUAACAUUCGAGUAAACGACUCCAACAAGUACAAAAAAUCUAUUAUGCUAUAUUUAGGAAACAAUUUAUGCUAUAUCUAUUGGAAACUAGACAACCCACUACUAUGCCGCAACAUUUUUAGCAACAUGAGUAACACCAGUCUCAGGAUUACUGAUUUUCUGCAUAAUGACCAAUUGAAAUAUAGAUUCUACCUUGCCAGGUACUAUUUAACGAAAUAUGAGCUCUUGGAAAGUUUUGCGCAUUUGGAAUGGUGUCUUGUUCAUACUUCUAGUCCCAAAAAUAAAAGCAUGAUCAUUGAACUUCUUCUACCCAUAAGCCUUGUGCUUGGUAAAAAGCCAAAUUUUGCAACUUUUCAUCGGUUGCAAAAUGGGAAUGGCUAUGCUGUACAAAUCUUGUCUAUCUACGAGCAAUUAUUCAGAGCUACUGCAAAGGGAGAUUACGACAGUUUCAAAUUGGUGUUGAACAACCAUCGUGAUUACCUCAAGGACAAAAACCUAUUGCUUUUAUUAAAUGGUGCAGAGAUUUUGAUUUUCAGGAACUAUUUAAAACGCAUCUGGAAAUUCAUGAACUGUCCCUCAAGUCUCGAUACAAAGAUUAUACCAAUUACAGGAAAGGAUAUUCAAUUCGUGGAAAACCUUCUUGUGACAUUAAUAGACUCAAAUUUGGUGAAGGGGAAGUUGACGGGUAAACAGACCAUCGUCUUGAGUAAAAACGACCCAUUUCCUGCUGUAUUUGACAUGUAUACUAGACGAUACGGCGCACAUCAUAAACCAAACAAUAGCUGGAUGUAA